CUUGCUCGUUCCCUUAUUAUCUCCAAUCAAAAAGUUCCAACCCACAGGAAGAGAAGGCUGCAAUGGACCCAGCUGUGGCCCUGGUGCUCUGUCUCUCCUGUUUGCUUCUCCUUUUUCUCUGGAGACAGAGCUCUGGGAGAGGGAAGCUCCCACCUGGCCCCACUCCUCUUCCUAUUAUUGGAAAUAGCCUACAGAUGGAUAUUAAGGACAUCAGGAAAAGUAUAAAGAAUUUAUCAAAAGUUUACGGUCCUGUAUUCACGUUGUAUUUUGGUAUGAAGCCCAUCGUGGUGUUGCAUGGAUAUGAAGCAAUAAAGGAAGCCCUGAUUGAUCAUGGAGAGGAGUUUUCUGGAAGAGGCCUUUUACCAAUUACUGAAAAAACUAGUAAAGGACUUGGUAUUGUUUUCAGCAAUGGAAAUAGGUGGAAGGAGAUACGGCGCUUCUCCCUCAUGACAUUGAGGAAUUUGGGGAUGGGGAAGAGGAGCAUUGAGGAACGUGUCCAAGAGGAGGCCCGCUGCCUUGUGGAGGAGUUGAGAAAGACCAAGGCUUUAUCUUGUGAUCCCACUUUUAUCCUGGGCUGUGCUCCUUGCAAUGUGAUCUGCUCCAUCAUUUUCCAGGAUCGUUUUGAUUACAAAGAUCAGAAUUUUCUUACCUUGAUGGGGAGACUGAAUGAAAACUUCAGGAUUCUGAGCUCCCCAUGGAUCCAGCUAUGCAAUAAUUUCCCUGCUCUCAUUGAUUAUUUCCCUGGAAUUCAUAACAAAUUACUUAAAAAUGUUGCUCUUACAAAAAGUUAUAUUUUGGAGAAAGUAAAAAAACACCAAGAAUCACUGGAUAUUAACAAUCCUCGGGACUUUAUCGAUUGUUUCCUGAUCAAAAUGGAGCAGGAAAAGAAUAACUCAGAGUCUGCAUUCACUAUAGAAAACUUGGUAAGCUCUGUAUCUGACUUAUUCGGUGCUGGGACAGAGACAACAAGCACCUCACUGAGAUAUGCCCUCCUGCUCCUGCUGAAGCACCCAGAGGUCACAGCUAAAGUCCAGGAGGAGAUUAACCAUGUGAUUGGCAGACACCGGAGCCCCUGUAUGCAGGACAGGAGCCGCAUGCCCUACACAGAUGCCAUGGUGCAUGAAGUCCAGAGAUACAUUGACCUCAUCCCCAACAAUGCGCUCCGUGCAGUGACCCAUGACAUUAAAUUCAGAAACUACUUGAUCCCCAAGGGAACAAUGAUAAUGUCAUCCCUGACUUCGGUGCUGCAUGAUGACAAUGAGUUCCCUGACCCAGAGACAUUCAACCCUGCUCACUUUCUGGAUGAAAGUGGCAACUUUAAGAAAAGUGACUUUUUCAUGCCUUUCUCAACAGGCAAAAGGAUUUGUUUGGGAGAGGGACUGGCUCGCAUGGAGCUUUUCUUAUUCCUGACCAGCAUUUUACAGAACUUCAACCUGAAAUCUUCAAUUGAUACAAGGAAGAUUGAUAUCACCUCAGUUCCCUCUGGGACUAUUUCUUUGCCACCCUUAUACAAGAUCUGCUUUAUUCCUGUGUGAAGAAGGGCAAAUCAUCUGGCUGCUGUGGCUGUUGUGGUACCUGUCCCUUAUGGAUGACACCCUCCACCUCCUUCCUACUAUUAGGGAUACUCUCUUUUACCAUUAUCUCAUGUCUUCCUAUUCCUUUAGGAUGCAGUGAAUAACAAAUGUCCAUUAAGGAGAGUUUCUGGAAUUUUUCCACACAACUAUAUCUAUUGCUCCCCACACACCAUAACAUAAUAUUUGCUACCACAUAUGAUAAUACUUGAAUUGUUAAUAUGCUGUCACUAGAAAACAGAGAAAAAUAAUUAGUGUAUGAUAAUGAAGAGCUGUUUCUCCUGUGCAUGUUCUAAAUAAAAAGUGCUAUUAAUUGCUGA